GUGAGGAGCCCUAUAUAUACUCACACGUUUUACGUUCACGGUUCACCACUUUGUUUCCAAAUUCCAAAUUCUAUCGGGAAAGGCGGUUUCAGACUUUCAGGAUGGGUGGGAAGAAGAAGAACAAGAGCAGCGGCGGAGGAGGAGAACAGGAGAACGGAGGCGGCGGCGGCGACGGCAGCAUCACCGUGGUUCUCAAGGCCGAUUUGCAUUGCGAAGGUUGUGUUUCCAAAAUCGUCAAAACUAUUCGGAGUUACGAUGGUGUUCAGACCGUGGAUAUCGACGGCAACUCGGAUAAGGUGACGGUGAUCGGGAAAGUGGAUCCGGAGAAGCUCCGGGAGAGAGUGGAGGCCAAAACGCACAAAAAAAUUGUGCUGGUCUCUCCACAGGCAAAAGGCGGAAACGGAGGUGAAAAACAGAAGAAAAACGGAAACGAUGGAGAAAAGAAGGACAAAGAGAAAGAGCCGGCGCUCACUACGGUGGUGCUGAAGAUGAACCUACACUGUGAAGGAUGUAUCCAGAAGAUUCAAAAGACAGUGAGCAGAACCAGAGGCUACUUGGAGAUGAAGGUGGAUCCAGAAAAGGAUCUAGUGACCGUGACUGGGAAAAUGAACGUGAAGGCGAUGGUGGAGGAUUUGAAGAAGCAUCUGAAGAAGAAUGUGGAGAUAGUGCCUCCUAAGAAGGAGAAAGGCGGGAAAGAGAAUGCUGGUGGCGAGAAGGACGGUGGAGGAGGAGGGGGGAAGGUGGUGGUGGUGGAAGGGAAUAGACUGCAGGUGCAGAUGGGGUAUCCGUAUAAUCAGGAUCCGUACCCGUAUGCGUGUCAGACGGGUUAUCAGCCCUUCUACAAUUACCCUCAUGCCCCUCAAAUGUUUAGCGAUGAGAAUCCGAAUGCAUGCAGUGUCAUGUGAACUGGGUCCAAAUAUGUAAAUAAACACGUUUUUGGGUAUAAUCUGUUAGCCCGUAUAAGUAGUGGUGCGGUUCGGGUUUAGAUGGGUCAAAACUGAGAAGCCCAACAACAUGUAGUUGGGUAGUUACUGCUCAUUGGAUAGGUUUUCUAUUGUUCUGUUACUACUUACAACACGUUCAUCAAGAAAAUUUAGACAUUGCAUAUUCAAAUAAUUUUUUU